UUUAAAGACUGUAGCAGCGUAGAUAUUGGAAUUUUGCCGCCCAUUUUGAAAGGAAACCCUGGCUUCCAUUUCUCACAAAAGUCAGUCGCAAUUGCAAUUGCAAGCAACACAAUGAGUGCUCCCAUGGAGACGGAGCUCACAACCCACGAAAAUGGCACUGCUAGUGCUUCCCAACACUCUCUUCCCGAGGACAAAGUACUUGUCCCUGUCGAGGUAUCCCUAAAACCUUCAAGCACAGCUAGAAUUCAAGAUGUGCGUUCCGCCAUUGAGAGGAUGCUUGAGAAGAGGAGUUUGAGCUACAUCGAUGGGCCCAUUCCGGUGCCUAUUGAUGACGCGUUUCUUGCAGACAACGUGCAAAGGAUUUGCGUUUGUGGAUGUGAUACUGAUGAAAGGAUGCACAAUGGUAAUGUCCUUUUGUUCUGGCAAGUCAAGCCUGUUGUACAUGUCUUUCAGCUUAAUGAGGAGGGACCAUGUGAGGAUAUAAGCUCUGAUGGCCAGUCUUCCAGCUUCAAUGAAUGGAUGCUUCCUGCAAAAGAGUUUGAUGGCAUGUGGGAAAGCCUAAUAUAUGAGUCUGGUCUAAAGCAACGGUUAUUACGUUAUGCAGCAAGUGCUUUGCUCUUUACUGAAAAAGGUGUUGAUCCAUUCCUUGUUUCAUGGAAUCGCAUAAUUCUGUUACAUGGACCUCCUGGGACUGGAAAGACAUCUUUAUGUAAAGCAUUAGCCCAGAAAUUAUCAAUUCGAUUCAAUUCGAGAUACCCACAGUCCCAGCUUGUUGAAGUGAAUGCACAUUCUUUGUUCAGCAAAUGGUUCUCCGAAAGUGGAAAGCUGGUAGCAAAACUUUUCCAAAAGAUUCAAGAAAUGGUAGAGGAAGAAAGCAAUCUAGUAUUUGUAUUGAUUGAUGAAGUGGAAAGCCUUGCUGCUGCUAGAAAAGCUGCUUUAUCUGGUUCCGAACCUUCUGAUUCUAUUCGGGUUGUCAAUGCAUUACUAACUCAGAUGGACAAGUUAAAAUCAUCUCCAAAUGUGAUAAUUUUAACCACGUCCAACAUAACUGCUGCUAUAGAUAUUGCUUUUGUAGACCGAGCUGAUAUUAAAGCAUAUGUUGGUCCCCCAACUCUUCAAGCUCGGUAUGAAAUAUUAAGGUCCUGCUUGCAGGAACUGAUGCGUUCGGGGAUCUUGACUAGUUUACAGGAUUGUAAGAAUGUCAUGCUUCCAAAUUAUGCUAGUGCAAAGGAUAGGUUGAACGCUCCCGCUUUUCAUGAGGGUGCUACAUUAAUGCAACUGUGCAAGCAACUACUUGAAACUGCCGAAGCAUGUGAGGGAAUGAGUGGAAGGUCUUUGAGAAAGCUUCCGUUUUUGGCACAUGCUGCACUUGCAAAUCCUUUUGAUUGCGACCCUAUUAAGUUCUUAUGUACAAUGGUAGAAACAGCUAAGAGGGAGCGUUCUGAGCUUCCUGACUAAAAUAACUAAAAAUUCAUUUUAAAAUGUGUAAAUCAAAAGUGUAAGGAUUGCUUCUACUGCAUUUUAGUGAUAAAUGUUGAUGCAGCAGCAAUGAUUAUUUAUUAUAAGCAAUUAUCAUGGCUUAGUACAUAGUCGCAGUACUAAAAAUGGCUGAUCCUAGAGAGAAUAGCA